AUGACGCAAUCUGCCGCCUCCGAUUUUGCCAAUAUGAAGGUAGCAGACCUAAGAAAUCUGCUCGCAGAGAGGGGCCUCCCUACUACAGGAAAAAAGUCUGAGCUCAUAGAACGGCUGCAGCACGGUGCUGCUGCUGCUGCUGCUGCUGCUGCAGCAGAAGGUUUACCUGGCAGCAGCACAGUGACUCAGCUGUCUUCCCGCAGCGCAGCAAGUGCUGCUGCUUCAGCAGCAGCAGUUGAUGGAGCAGCAGUUGAUGGUACAGCAGCAGCAGCAGCACCAGCAGAUGCAGCAGUUGAUCCAGCAGCAGCAGCAGCAGCACCAGCAGCAGCUUCCCCUAAUGCAUGCCUCACUAGCAGCACGGAGUUAGCAGCAGCAACAACAUCUACGACCCCUGCAGCAGGUAUAAAGAGUGAUAAAGAUAAAUUGAUGGAGAGGGCAAAGAGGUUUGGUUUAUAUGAUCCUUUAUUAGAGGAAGAAAAAAAACAACAAAGAGCAAGGAGGUAA